GGUAUAAUAUUUUUCCGUUUGUCAUUUUAGAGAUAUAGCCUGCCUACAUAUUAAAAUUAGGCAUGCGAGUAAAUUUGAAUUGCAUAAUGGGAGGAGUAUCAGGGCUGAAGGAACAACUGAAAUUAGCUCGCGAGUAUGCUCUGGAAGGCCUUUAUGACACUUCCAUUAUCUUCUUCGAUGCCGCCAUUGCUCAAAUAGACAAACAUUUGAGCAUCCUGGACGAUCCUUUAGUUCGUAACAAAUGGAUAAAAUGCAAGAAAGAUCUUUCAGAGGAAUUAGAGGUUAUAAAGCAGUUGGAUGCCGAAAGACAAGCCUUCAAGGAAGCUACAGGAACCGCGAAGCCCUCUUCACCCAGUCUUCCCUCAAAACCAUAUAUGUUUCAACCAGUAGAAGAGUAUUCCUCCUUUUCUAGCAGUUUUGAUGACCCUGAUGUUUGGAGACCACCUAGUCGAGAUCCUCAACAACAAUAUGGUAGUAGAAGACCAACAAGGGCAGGGCAGAUGUCUGCUGCCCAGUCAAGAAAGGAUGCUUCCUGGGCCCGUGGCUCUACUAGAGGAGGAGAUGUGAAGGGUAUUGGAACAGGGCUUAACCGUGGGGCUAAAGGUAAUGCUGCAGGCACUUCAGGUAAAGCUGGUGUAGGAGGUCGAGGAAUAGGAAAUUCAGGGCAACAGGGCAAAAAGGGUGCCGCCGCCGGUCGGUCCACUCCAAACAAAAGGGAUUCUCUGAGUGGAGAUAAUGAAGACAAUAGAGUGAGGAAGGGCCAAUAUGAAGGACCAGAUGUAGAAUUGGCAGCAAUGCUCGAAAGGGAUGUUGUGGAGACCAGCCCUGGAAUACGAUGGGAUGAUGUGGCUGGCUUAAAUGAAGCCAAGAAACUUUUAGAUGAGGCUGUUGUUUAUCCUUUAUAUUUUCCCGACUUUUACCAGGGACUUCGUCGGCCAUGGAAAGGAGUUCUCUUGUUUGGACCACCGGGGACCGGGAAGACACUUUUGGCUAAAGCCGUUGCCACAGAAUGCGGGACAACUUUUUUUAAUGUUUCAUCUGCAACAUUGGCUUCAAAAUGGAGGGGUGAGAGUGAGCGCAUGGUUCGCUGCUUGUUUGAGCUUGCAAGAGCUUAUGCUCCAAGUACCAUUUUUAUCGAUGAAAUUGAUUCACUUUGCAAUGCACGUGGGGCAUCAGGAGAGCAUGAGUCAUCAAGGCGAGUGAAAUCAGAACUUCUUGUCCAAGUAGAUGGAGUAAGUAAUAGCUCUACCAGUGAAGAUAGUCAGAAAAAAAUGGUAAUGGUGCUGGCAGCAACAAACUUUCCAUGGGAUAUUGAUGAGGCUCUAAGGAGGCGGCUAGAGAAAAGGAUUUAUAUACCUCUUCCGGAUUUUAAUUCUCGCAAGGAGCUUAUCCAAAUUAACUUGAGGAGUGUUGAGGUAGCAAAAGAUGUCAACGUUGAUGAAGUUGCACGACGUACAGAUGGUUACAGUGGAGAUGAUUUGACGAAUGUUUGUCGAGAUGCAUCCAUGAAUGGGAUGAGGAGAAAGCUUGCAGGAAAGACUCGUGAUGAAAUAAAAAACAUGUCAAAGGAGGACAUUGCAAAAGACCCUAUCACCAUGUCUGAUUUUGAAGAAGCCCUCAACAAAGUUCAACGCAGUGUUUCUCCUUCUGAUAUAGAGCGCCAUGAGAAAUGGUUUCAAGAGUUUGGUUCCUUUUAGAACAUAGAGUGAAUCCUGAUGUUUUUUUUGUAAUUUACUAUAUAUUUGGUUUAUAUCCAUUGAGUUUUUUGCCAUGCUCAAAGUUAGCCAUUGUCAGAAGCAAAAGAUUUUGAUGUUUCUUUUCUGCACGAGGUAUGACAACCCAGAAACAAAUUAAAAACUUUGGAGAAGGAAUAGAAUCAAAUCCAGAAUGACGACCCUGCAAAUUUGCAUGUGGUUUUCUAUUAUCUGAUGACAUAGAAUAUGGCUAACACAGAGCGAUGACUCGAAGUUUUAAGUGAGACAUUCGGAGAACUAUGAAGACCUGUAGCGAUUAAAGUACAAUUUCCACAGAAGAUCACCCGGGGCAUAUGUAUAAUUGUAAUUAAUGACAAUAUAUAUUAGUUGGGUGCC